ACAGCGUCGCCAAAUGAGUCGGCGAUAGAAUGUAGCUAUUUUUUUUUUUUUUUUUGGAAACCAGGCUUCAGCAUCACCGAAAGUUGUCGGCGAUAACGUGUAGCGAUUGUAUGGAAAUCAAGCUUUAUAUAGGAACACCAUCAGCCAAUCAGAAAGUACCUAUUGCCCAAUAGAGCUGUUACAACCAUAGAGUAAAUGCUAUGUUCUAUAUGUUACUACCGAAGGGGUAAUUUCGUUACAAUAUUUAAUGCUAUCUGUUUCAGAUAUAAGAGGUUAAAUCUAACAGAACAUCAGACGCAGUUCAUUGAGUAUUUGCUGCAGUACAAACAAUCAUAUUUUUGGUUUCCUGCAUUCCAUGAAGGCCUUAGUACAAAAUUGAGUUUUACUGCUGCGAAGGUCAUGUCUAGAGACGCCCGAGUAGCCAACCGAUCACUGUUCGGGCGUUCGGAUCACAAUGUGGCAACCGCACGAUUUUGGAAUAUAACGAGGAUUAUAAGUUCAGGAUUUUACAUGGCGAACACGGCGGUAGCAAUGUGUGAUGAGGUCAAUCUAUAUGGAUUCUGGCCCUUUUACACAGACCAUCGGAAUCGCGACCUUCAGUAUCACUAUUACGAGCCAAAGAAAUUCAACAGGAAAACGCAUCAUUUCAGUAAAGAGUUUCGGAUACUUGUAGAUCUGCAUAUGAAAGGGGUGCUGAAACUCAACAUUGAUACAUGUAGGUCUACAUAGGUGUAACCCGAGUUCCAAUAUGAACCGAUAGAUUCGAGGAAAACGCCUUGUUAAAAAUAUAAGUAAAAUUUAUUGAAUAAAAUGAAAUCAAUAGGAAUAAAGUUAUGAAAAUGUAGACUUUAAAUAUAAACUGUGUUAAGUUAUUGUAGAUAGUCCAUAAACUGUUCUUUACACGAACCAAUUUCUUGCUUCUCCCUCUUGCGGUAAUAAUAGGCCUAUUCAAAACAAUGUUCAAAAGUUCAAAAACUAUUUCCGAAACUUGAAGUUUACAGUGUUCAAAGUUCAUGUGAUUUUUAAUAAAAGCACUUCUGUUCCAGUGGGUGAAUCCAAAAUGAUAGAAUUGUAAGUUUUGAUAUAUAAAAAGAGAAAUGUAUGUAAUACACUAAAAUAUUUAAACUAAUAAUAAAACACGAAUGAAUACAAUGCUUGUGCAUGCAUCGUUAGAUGUACAAUACAAUAGUCUAUAGGAAGAGUUCAGAAUAAUUCAUGAAAUUUUACCAAACUUAACUACGGCGCUAAACUUGUAUAGCACACAUCGCAUAAGGUCUCUAUGCGUUUUUAAUAAAGUUAAAUAAAAGCGAGGAAGAAAAGACAUAGUAGAAAGAAAAAAACCCAUCAAAAAGCAAGAAGAAAAAGAGUAAGGAGAAUUUGUUUGAAUGUUUGUGUUUUGAAAUGUUUAAUUAAGUAACGGUUGGGAACUUAUGGUGUUUGGGUCUGGUGUUUGUACUAGAGAAGGCAGGAGUAAUUAACACAUUGAUUUUUUACUUUUAGAUUUGUCAGGUUUUGAUUUCGUUAGCUUUUUUUUGUGUUCGUAUUUUUGAUCGCCGUUACGUAAGUAUGGCACUGUUGUAAAAGUGUCGUUUCCAA